AUGUACCUGUGGCCCAUCACAAAGCUAGCGGGUCACAUCCUGCCUAUUCUCUCAACGCAAUCUCAAAACGCACUCACUUUUGAACCAAUACACGCAUUUGGGCACACUUCUCCCUCUCUGUAUCGACCAAGGAUCCUGAUCCAGAAUGCAAGUUCUACCGUAUCAUUCCUCUCCACGCCCGCUCUGGGUGAGCUCUCCACUGCGCAAGUCGACGAGUACCUCUUGGACAAUCCGGCCCCGCAUCUGAUGCUUGAACCUCUAACGAUCCGGACAAGACCAAUGACGAUCCGUCGACCGCGCAUCAAACCUCCUUCCAUCUUAUCUUGGGCCUAUUCCGCUCGUCGAGGCAAUCGACCGCCAGGGACAGAAAUUUUACCAUACGGCAGGGGCACACGACCGAGACGGAUGUCCCCGGAGGAGAUCAACAGCACGUGGAUUGCACCUGAUUACAGCGAUCUCGAUGGCGACUGGGAAGAUGUAGAGGUAGAGGGACCAGACGUGUCUGAUCGACAGACGCUCAUCACACUCGCCAAGAUGAUGAGUAACGCGUAUGUCUUGCCGGAUGGAGGCGAGUGGUGGCCUUUGGGGAAACAGUGGAACGCUACGAUACCUUUCGGCUGGGAACCAGAUGCCGAUGGGCUCAGGGGUCAUAUCUUUGCCGAUCCCACUAACUCGACAGUCAUCGUCUCUAUCAAGGGAACGUCUGCCGGCGUCCUCGGUGUUGGUGGUCCGACGGCCAAGAAUGACAAGUAUAACGAUAAUCUCAUGUUCUCGUGCUGCUGUGCCCGAGUCGACUUCUCUUGGUACCCAGUAUGCGAUUGCUGGGCUGGAGGUUACAAAUGUGAACAGACUUGUCUGGAGGAUGCCUUGGUGGCAGAGAGUGUAUAUGCAACGGUCGGGACAGAUCUGUACAACAAUGUCACUUACAUGUACCCGCAUGCGAAUAUUUGGCUGGUUGGACAUUCGCUCGGCGGGUCGGUCAGUGCCAUGAUUGGACUAUCAUUCGGAGCUCCUGCUGUCACUAUCGAAGCGCCAGGUGAUCGUCUGCCGGCUUCCCGACUGCACCUUCCUCUUCCACCAGGCAUGCCAGCGGAGAAGACCGGCAUCACCCAUGUCUAUCACACGGCCGAUCCAAUUCCCAUGGGAGCAUGCACCGGCGCGUAUUCAGGUUGCUACGCCGCAGGCUUCGCAAUGGAAAGCUCGUGUCACACAGGUCAAACCAUUCUCUAUGAUACGGUCACUGUCAAAGGCUGGGCUGUCGACAUUCGGACCCAUCGGAUCGGAGAAAUCAUCAAUAAAGUCUUGGCUGAUCCUUGGCCCACGGAAGGCGAACCCGAUAAGGUCGCCAAGUGGAGGUGGUGGGCACCAUGGCGAACGGCUUCGAGCGAGCGCAAAUAUUGGGCACCUGAGCGAUCCCCUCCGACCUUCAUGCGCGAGCAAGAGCUGUCGUCACUGCGCUGGGGAUGGGGACGCAAAGGGCCGAAGAAGGGUCAAGACGGUGAUCCUGACAGUGGGGACGAUGACGAUGAUUGGAAUAAGCAUGGCGGGGUGCCCAAACCCGAAGCCGAGAGCAAUUGCACAGACUGCUAUAGAUGGGAAUUCGGGGAUGAUUGGGGCAAGAAAUGA